GAUUUUGUUGGAUUUUCCUCGCUGGAGAUUAAAAAAAAAAAACACUUAAAAGAAAGGAUUUUUAAAUUUUAAGAGCAAGAGAAAAAAAAAUUCAGAAAUAUAAAAAACUGGGAGAAGAGGAAGAAAAGAAAAGCAGGUGUGAGCUCUCCUUCUUCUCCCUUGUGUCAUUUUUACCCUCUCCUCUUAGUUACUACUAUUAUGGCCAGAGACGGUGGCGUGUCUUGCCUACGGAGAUCGGAGAUUAUGAGCGUCGGAAUGGAAUCUGCGCCGUUGGAUUUGGAUGAAGUUCAUGUCCUCGCCGUCGAUGACAGCCUCGUUGAUCGGAUUGUCAUCGAGAGAUUGCUUCGUAUUACCUCCUGCAAAGUCACGGCGGUAGAUAGCGGAUGGCGCGCUCUGGAAUUUCUUGGGCUAGACAACGAGAAAGCCUCUGCCAAAUUCGAUGAAUCGUCCAAUUUCCGAGAAGUUCCGGUUGUAAUCAUGUCAUCGGAGAAUGUAUUGACCAGAAUCGACAGAUGUCUUGAGGAAGGUGCGGAGGAUUUCUUACUGAAACCGGUGAAACUCGCCGACGUGAAACGCCUGAGAAACUACUUGACCAGAGACGUUAAGCUUUCCAACGGAAAUAAACGGAAGCUUCCAGAAGUUUCGGAUUCCGUCCACGCUUCACUUCCUCCGCCGUCACCGCCGUUGACUCUCUCGCCUGAUUCGUCGGACUCUUCUCCGCCGUUAUCUCCGGUGGAAAUCUUUUCCUCACCGCUUUCAUCCCCAAUAGACGAUGAAGAUGACGAUGUGUUGACAUCGUCGUCGCCGGAGUCUUUGACGACGCCGGAGGAAUCGCCGAUUCGACGGCAGAAGAUGAGGAGUCCCGGAUUAGAUUAGUGUUUUUACUUUUCUGGGACCCGUGUAAUAUUUAUCUCCGUUAACAUUUUACCUUUGACGGUGUUUUUAAUUGCACGUUGACUUGACGCCGUCAAUUUAUAGAUGUCCUUUAAUCUCGCUCCACGUGGGCCUUUUUCUGAUUCUAAAAGUAUAAGUUUUUCGAAUUUCCUAUAUUUAUUGUUUUAAGUAUUACAUUAUGGUUUUGACUUUUUAAAGUUUUGAUCAAGGCAAA